AUGUGUGGAAUUUUCUUCUCGCUGACCGCGGCCGAGAACCCCGUGCUUCUGGAUAGAGACCUUCGCUAUUUGUUGACUAAACGUGGUCCAGAUGAGGGCUCAUACAGCAUUGGUGUCCGCGGUGCCGGCCUCAAUCUUUUCAAUCAUGAGGGUAAUGGUCGCAUGUGGCUUUCCUUUGCAAGCACUGUGCUCUCUAUGAGGGGGGACGAUGUCGUUCGCCAGCCACUCACGGAUAGUGGCAGAACUGGGUCUAUACUUGCCUGGAACGGGGACGCCUGGAAGAUUGAUGGACAGCCUAUACCAGAAAAAAACGACACUGAGAUCGUUUUUAACCAUUUGCUUCAAGCUACUACGCAGGACUACCUGGCGGAAGAUUACACUGGAGUUUCCAACCCAGUCCAAAGAGUGGCAGAUGCUAUCAGUAAGAUUACUGGGCCCUUUGCCUUCGUCUUCUAUGAUGCCGUCAACUUCAGGCUGUACUUUGGAAGGGACUGUUUAGGACGACGAUCGUUACUUUGGGGUCUCGAUGCGGCGGGGAAUCUUACAAUAUGUAGCCUGAGCGACGCCUCUUCGCCCUCCUCUUUCCAAGAGGUCGAGGCAGACGGUAUAUAUAUGAUUGAGUUUCAAGAUGAUCAGAGCGCGGACCCUGAACCAGCCCCGGCUGCGGGACCUCUUUGCUUCGACGUCAAGAACAUACAAAGGAUACCUUGGAGCCAUGAAGCCCUGCCGAAAUAUCAUAUGAUAAGUCCCAUUCCUCCGAUGAACAAGGCUAUUCCAGAGGGCACGCCCUCACAACUAACUGUAACAUCGUCUGUUCUCAGGGAGCUGGAAGACAGACUCCGCCAGUCGCUGGCGCUGAGAAUUCAAAAUGUCCGUGAGCCUCCCCUUGCAGGGGGUAGCAAUGUGAAGAUUGCCGUGCUGUUCUCUGGUGGUCUUGACUGCACCCUUCUUGCAAGACUCGCUCAUGAUAUUUUACCCCCUGGAGAGACGAUUGAUCUUCUAAAUGUCGCCUUUGAGAACCCGCGAGUUGUUGCAGCAGCGGCAAAAGGACUAGGACAGCGUUCAUCGGCGUACGAAGGCUGCCCUGACCGUAUCACCGGGCGAGCGGCGUUCGCCGAGCUCCAACGCGUCUGCCCUUCCCGCAACUGGCGAUUCGUUGCUGUUGAUAUUCCGUACGUUGUAACCAUCACGCAUCGCGAUACAAUCAAGCGCUUAAUGCGCCCACAUAAUACUGAAAUGGAUCUUUCCAUCGCGUGUGCGUUAUACUUUGCAGCGCGCGGCCAAGGCACAGCAAUUGACAGCCAGCGCCCCGAUGCCAGACCUUUCCAGUACAAAACACCUGCCCGCGUCCUCCUUUCUGGCCUGGGUGCGGAUGAGCUAUUCGCUGGUUAUUCAAGGCACGGAAUCGCCUUUUCUCGCAAUGGUUACCGGGGUCUCAUUAACGAGAUUGAACUCGAUGUCAGUCGCCUAGGAAAGCGAAAUCUCGGCCGCGAUAACCGGGUAAUUGCACAUUGGGGACGCGAAGCUCGAUUUCCUUACUUGGAUGAAGAUUUUGUUGCUUGGGUAGUUCGAACACCAGUUUGGGAGAAAUGCGGCUUCGGAGUCCCAGGAGCUCCAAUAGAUGCCGGUAUUGACUCUGAGAAGAAAACCCUCCGCCUUCUAGCGCUCAAAUUGGGCCUGGAAAACGUCUCGCGUGAGAAGAAGCGGGCCAUCCAAUUCGGUUCCCGGACAGCAAAGAUGGAAAAAGGCAAAACUAAAGGAACAGAUGCCUUGGACUGA